GGAAUCAAGUUGAUAGGGAAUCGUCUGAGAAAUGGCUGCACGCCUCAGAUCGGCUGGUAAGAAGUGUACGGUGAUCGGUGGGUCAGGAUUCUUAGGCCAGCACAUGGUGGAGCAGCUCCUGGAGAAGGGUUAUGCGGUCAACGUGUUUGAUAUUCAGAAGAGAUUUGACAACGACAGAGUGCAGUUCUUCCUGGGAGACCUUUGCGACAAAGAGGCUUUGCUCCCAGCUUUACAAGGAGUGUCAGUGGCAUUUCAUUGUGCAUCACCAGCGCCUUCAAGUGACAACAGGGAGCUGUUUUACAAGGUGAAUUUUAUGGGAACCAAAGCUGUCAUUGAAGCCUGCAAAGAAGCUGGAGUGCAGAAACUGGUGUUAACUAGCAGUGCCAGUGUAGUUUUUGAGGGCACAGACAUAAAAAAUGGAUCAGAAGACCUCCCUUAUGCAAAAAAACCUAUCGACUAUUACACGGAGAUGAAGAUCCUCCAGGAGAAGGAAGUGCUCAGUGCGAAUGACCCAGACAACAAUUUCUUCACUACUGCUAUUCGUCCCCAUGGAAUAUUCGGCCCUAGAGACCCUCAGCUAGUUCCCAUCCUCAUCCAAGCAGCUAAGAACGGCAAAAUGAAGUUCAUAAUUGGGGAUGGAAAGAACUUGGUAGAUUUCACCUAUGUGGAAAAUGUGGUCCAUGGACACAUCCUAGCUGCAGAAAAUCUUCAGAAAGACUCUCCCCUGUGUGGGAAGGCAUUUCAUAUCACAAAUGAUGAACCAGUUCCUUUCUGGGCUUUCAUGUCCCGUAUCUUGACUGGCUUGAACUACGACCCUCCCAAGUACCGUAUUCCCUACUGGCUGGCGUAUUACCUGGCCCUAUUCCUGUCUCUCGUGCUGUGGCUGCUGAGCCCCCUGGUCACCAUCAAGCCCACUUUUACCCCCAUGCGGGUAGCGUUGGCUGGAACGUUUCACUACUACAGCUGUGAACGGGCCAAGAGAGACAUGGGCUACAAACCAGUGGUGAGCUUGGAUGAAGCAAUAGACAGGACUCUGCAGAGCUACCCCCACCUACGCCGGGCUAAGGCCUGAGAAGUCCUAGAUGGAUUUUUUUUUUUUACAUGAUUUUCAUGAUUGCUUUGACAUCCUAAAAUGAACACUAAAGCAAAUUUCCCUAGUUCUCUGGAACAGGGAGUUUUCCUGAAGUUCCUCCUCACCAUUAUCAGGAUGGCUUUAUCUGGGUUGAAAAAACCCUCGUGCAGGAGCUGUGCUAACAGUUCUUUUCUUUGAUGUGACUUUGCUGAACCCCAUGGACUAUGAAUAAACACCCUGCCGUGCCCUCUUCAAUCCCAACCCAGCACAUCAGCAUUCCUUCGUCUUCCCUCUCCACC